CUGCGCUCUCACCUUUAUUUAUUUACGUCGGCGGGCCCAACAAAUACCCCUCCUUCCCACACCUCUCCAACUCCCCAACCUGCCAUCGUCGUCCGCCCUCAAUUGCACCCUUUGCGACCCGCCCAAUCUCGUCCGCCCUGGCACCACCGAUCAACACCAGAGAUCAACACACCGCAACCAUGGGAAAGGCCAAGUACAUCCUGCUCGACUGCGACAACACGCUCUGCCAGUCCGAGCACCUGGCCUUUGAGGCCUGCGCCGACCUCACCAACAAGGUGCUUGAGAAGCAUGGCAUCACCGACAAGCGCUACACGGCCGAGAGCCUCCUCGAGGACUUUGUCGGCUACAACUUCCGCCGCAUGCUGCUUGCCCUGCAGCCCAAGCACAACUUCAAGAUGUCCGACGAGGAGCUCGAGGAGUUUGUCGAGGCCGAGCUCGGCGCCGUGACCAAGAAGCUCAGCGAGAAGGCUGUCGAGUGCCCUGGCGUGACUGAGCAGCUCGAGUGGCUCAAGAAGGAGGGCUACCCCAUGUCCGUCGUCAGCACGUCGGCCAAGAGCCGUGUUGUCGCCUCUCUCAAGAAGACUAACCUGGAGCGCUUCUUCACCGACGAGCACGUCUACUCGGCCGCCACCUCACUCAACCCCCCUAGCUCUAAGCCCGACCCCGCCAUCUACCACUACGCCUGCAAGGAGCUCGGCGUCAAGGAGAGCGAGGCCAUCACCGUCGAGGACAGCAAGAGCGGUGCCACGGCCGCCAUGCGCGCUGGCAUCCCUUGCAUCGGCUACGUCGGCAUCUAUGGCAUUGAGGAGGGCAAGGAGAAGAUGGAGCAGAUGGCCAAGCUUCUCACCGAGGAGACCAAGUGCGUGGCCAUCAUGUACGACUGGAAAGAGUUCCCCGAGGCGCUCAAGAAGGUCGAGGCCAAGUUGUAAGCCUUUGCUUGCACUGCGAGGGGGACUGCGUGGUCGACUGGAAGGUCUUCAAAGGCAGAAACUCAUUUGAUUACACCUGAUAGCGCAUCAUACAUGGAUAACGAGAAACACGGCUCACGACUGAAAAUACCAUAGGUAGACAAAGGAUCUGCAUUAGAUCUGCUCCAUAAUGUCAGCAUUCUGGAU